AAGACUUAUCAGUAAUCAAAAAGACUUAUCAGCGAUAUCAUCUUUUCAAGAAUUUAAAAUACCAGAGAUUAUGUGCUAUAAGUCGCCCACAAGACUAAGAAGCUUGUUCAACGCAUUUAAUUGAACAUAUUACAUCUUUCUCUCUCCCUAAACGUAAAAGCAACCAGUAGCCUUUGCAACUCUUUGGUAAAAGAAUGCAAAGAGGAAGCUACUGAAACAACGACCUGUACAGUUUGUCUGGAAGACGGCAGCUGUGCAACUACUUGGUUUUAAACCCAGAAUGAUCAAAACGCAUUUUCACUGCAUUUUGUUGACUUGAAAGAUGGCAUUGGCUUUAAACAAAACGGGGGUCAAACACUGGCUAGCACAUAACAGCACCGGCAGAGGUUUAUUGCGAGAUAAAAAUAUUCCGUGCGGUUGGACAACGCCAAUGAUUUUGUAAUAUGAAUAGAAUUACAUACAAUGGUUUUCGCUGUCGGAUUUGUUUCGUUGUCUAGGGCAGGAACGAGACUUUGUAUCGAACUAAAGUACUGCCUAAAAGCUGAAGGUGAGAAUAUUGACGAAGAGUCGAAGAACAACGAAGUAUUUAUCCAACAAGAGUUUUUUACUUGUAGUAGAGAAGAAACUUGUUCUCGUCUCUUGAAAAGAGAUCAAGGUGCGAAGAGUUUCACUAUUCAUAAAAACAAAGGUGCUGUCUGGAACAAAAUUAAACAGCCAUCGGAUUGCAAAGAUUUACACGAAAGCGGUAACAGAAAAAGUGGCGCCUACCACAUAACCAGACCGAACGGGCAAGUAUUGAAGGUUUACUGUGAUAUGGAAACAGACGGCGGAGGUUGGACUGUGAUUCAGCGCCGUAUUGAUGGCUCAACCGACUUCAACCGUGACUGGUCUGAUUAUAAGCAUGGCUUUGGCGAUGUUGAGAAAGAAAUGUGGAUCGGGUUAGAGAACAUGCACUCUCUUGCCAGCCCUAGUUCUAACACAACUCUACGCAUAGAGUUGAAGCAUUUGCUUAAAGGUAAUCAAUCGCUUUUUGCCAAAUAUGGUAGCUUUAAGAUUGCUGACGAAAGUGAUGGAUAUCGUAUUAGUCAUUCUGAAUACAGUGGAACUGCGGGCGAUGCUUGCAAUAUGAGCCCUCCUACUGUCAGAAUGAAUGGCAUGAGGUUCUUUACAAAGGAUUUUGACAACGACUUUGGUUGUAGUGGUCUUUACAAGAGUGGAUGGUGGUUCAACAGGUGUCACAACUGCUUUCUUAAUGGAUUGAUCCCGUAUAAGCCCAGUAAUGCACCAACAUUUAUGUCUUGGAAAAGUAUUGACUUGGAUUGGGGCAACAUCUACUUUUCUGAAAUGAAGCUUAGACGUAACUGAGCGUCCUAAGACCUUUGUGACUCUUUAGAUAACAAGAUUAGUUAUACAGGAUAUAUUAAACCUUUUACUUUAUGUAACCAGUCAAUUAGCAUUUCGUAUUUUGUGAUGGGGUUGUAUGCCAGUUCAUUUCUAAGUUGCUUGUAGCUAAGUUGAGAAUUUAGAUAAGAUUGAAAUCAAGCACUUGAAUGUUUCUUUCUAUUGAACUUAAACGCUACACAGACAAUCAAUUUAAAUGUGUAUUAAUUGUUGGAUUUCAAGCAACAUUUGCUGCUCGAUCAGCUUUUUACGAAAAUGUAUAAAGAAUAUCAUCUGUUGAAUUCUAAGCGGAAUGUCUUUCCAUUACGAACACAAAAUGUUAAAAAUGUGAACUAUAUGUGAACAUACAUGCUGGUCUUCUUCUCUAGCAUUAACACUCAGUACAAAUUAUCUCGGCGUUGUAUACGGUGCCCACAUUAACAAAAAUGCUUAGAAACUGUCUAUAAAGAUAAAUUGGCAUCUCAGCUGCAAUGUGGCACUAUAGCAUGAUCUUGACAAUACUCUUUCUACCAUACUAAUUCGCAUUUGAUUAAAAAUUGGCUUUACCAAGUUGCAGGAUAGAAAUAUGCUGGAACAAGAUAUUUUGUGGAGUCCCAAGACGAAGUAAAAGUUGCUCCCAGGCAAUGAAGGCACCUCUGAAGGCACACCAGCAAUGAAGUUCUGAAUAAAAUGCAAACUUUGUAAAAAGAUGUCUGGAAAGGACAUGUAUAUUUCGAAGAGGCAGGACUCCAAUGAAAAUAUAUUGAUGGAUGUCAACUUUUCAUUAAGGGGAGCCAAACUUUGGAAGAAAAGCAGUAGCCCCCAUCCCCAAGACAGAAAGAAAAAACUAAAGAACAAACUCAUCUAAUUAUGAAACUACAGUAGGUAUACGAGUAGUUUACACUUCUUAAUUGGUUGAACCUCUGAAUAUCGAGCUUUCAAAUGUUUCGUGAAUGAUUAGAAUGAUUUGAUCGAAUGAUUUAUAAAUCAAUCAAACUUCUGAUCAGGUAUGUAAAAGUGUUUGGACUUUUUCCAUGUUUCACUUGUUCAAUUUAAAAUCUUUACGCUUAAGACAUUUCCUUUUUUGACGGCAAAUGUUUUAACCAGCACCCUUUAGUUUAGCCGGUAAUUAAAAUCCAUGCGCCAGAGUUAACUAGGAUGGGAAAAUCCUCUAAACACUUGAGCCAUGUGUACAGUCUGCUCUAAGACAGCAGUUUCAAACCGGUUCUAGAAAAAAUUAUAGCUUGUUCAAUCAUGAGCAGAACGCCGAAAGGUUUCGGAGGCCCUAGGGCAGAACCUAAAGACGAGGUCAGACCUCCUGCGAGCGGAACGAGAAGAAACGUUCUGCAACGACUUCCUUCAAAAAAUCUGAAAAUGCUUUCUUGAUAUUUCAUUUUCUUGCAAUCGCUUACAAAUUCAUACUGUUUUAGGCAUAUUUUCCUACGUUUAAAUAACUUCAUUCUAAAAAUAGCUUUUGCUAGUUAAUGAGGCCCUCUAGAC